AUGACUGAGCAAGCCGAUGAUAAAGGAAACUAUCUUCAAAAGAUAACAGAAUGUUUAACAACUCAAGAAAUGGUCAACAUGUACCUUGGAUUUUCAGAACCAAAGAAUCCACAUCUCAGCGUUUUUUGCUGGUUAGUAUCUUAUGGAAUUCUUCCAUUAAAUUCAGCAGCGGCUGUGAUGGUUAAGGUGACUAGUGUUAAUGAAAAGUAUACUAAGGAAUUAGCCCAAUUGUCAAACUUUAAUUUUUCAAAUACUUUCGAUCGAACGCAAGAAGAGAAUUUUCAAAACUUUUUAAGUUCCAUUAAAAGUAAUUGGCAUACUAUACUAAAUUCAGAUGGUCUUAAUGUCGAAAGUCUCGUUAAAUCAGCACAAACAGUAAUUCCUUUCAUUUGCAAAUGUCGCGGUGUUGAAUAUAGCGAUGGAUUAGUAUCAACAUACGUCAGAAUAUAUGAAGUUUUAUUCCAAGUUUUCAAAAUUUCAGAGUUUACAGUUCAUGUUGAAGCUCUUUCGUAUUUUUUAAUUUUGGAGAUGUACAAAACAAUUCACAACCUAUUCAACUCAUCAGAUGACAACUCAUACGUUUCAAAAAUUACAAAACUCGGUCAAGAACUAGAAAUUUCUACAUUUGAUUCUCCAGAAAAAAUAUCUAAAUUUACUCAUUCAUUGGUAUUUGACUCGAUCUCGAAGCUUAACCUUCAAGAAUUCUUUGAAUUCUGGGAUAGAUUCGUAUUCAGAAAAGGAAUUAUCGAAAUUUACUUGUACGAGCUUAUCAAGACAUUUGUUUCUGAUAACAAAAACGGAAAUUACCUUCAAGACUUUGUUUCUCAAAAUGUAGGUUUAAAUGCACGUCAAUUUAAUGAGAGAAUUGAAGCAUCAUUAUAUAUUCAACUACGGAAAGAUUCUCGUUCUAGUCAGAACUUAGUAUUUGCUUCUAUGGCCAUAGCCGGCCUUUUUAUUUUAUAUCGAAAAUUUAUGUCGAAUUAA